AUGAUGCCGGACGACUACAUUACGGAGAAGGGCAAGAUUGACCGAAAGAAGAAAGAGGAUGCUCUGUACAAGCGGUACGUUGAGCGCGAUGAACUAGGUCAGGAGCGGCAUGUCACCGAGCACGAGGAAUGGGAGUUGGAGCAGUCGGCGAAGGCCAAAGCACAGAUUAAGAAGGCCGAGUUUGUUGAUGAGGGAGACUAUGAGUACGUCUUCGACGAUUCGCAGCAGAUCAACUUUGUCAUGGAUGCGAAACUCGAGGGCACGCAGAAGCCAAUGACAAAGGAACAGCUGCGGUUCAAGGAACAAGUCGACGAAGCAGAGAAGAAGGCUUUGUCGAUGGAGGAAACCCGCAAGAGUCUGCCUAUCUACCAGUUCCGCGAUCAGAUCAUCCAGGCAGUCCAGGACCACCAGGUUCUGAUCAUUGUUGGUGAAACGGGUUCCGGAAAGACAACUCAGAUCCCGCAGUAUCUCCACGAGGCCGGAUAUACCAAGGAUGGGUUGAAGAUUGGCUGUACGCAACCACGUCGAGUGGCCGCCAUGAGUGUGGCAGCUCGUGUGGCCGAGGAAAUGGGCACGAAGAUUGGAAAUGAGGUCGGAUAUGCUAUUCGAUUCGAGGAUAAUACGAGCGACAAGACUAUCCUGAAGUAUAUGACUGAUGGAAUGUUGUUGCGAGAACUGUUGACAGAGCCGGACCUGAGCCAAUACUCCGCGCUCAUGAUUGACGAGGCCCACGAACGGACUGUACCUACAGAUAUUGCUUGUGGUCUUCUCAAGGAUAUCGCCAAGGCACGGCCUGACCUGAAGCUGCUGAUUUCCUCGGCAACGAUGGACGCCCAGAAAUUCCAAAAGUACUUCGAUGAUGCGCCUAUUUUCAACAUCCCCGGUCGUCGAUACCCAGUUGACGUACACUACACUUCACAACCGGAAGCCAAUUACCUGGCUGCGGCCAUCACUACGGUGUUCCAAAUCCACGUCACCCAAGGCCCGGGAGACAUCCUUGUGUUCCUGACGGGUCAAGAGGAAAUCGAGGCCGCCGAACAAAGUUUACAAGAAACGGCUCGAAAACUGGGGAGCAAAAUACCCGAGAUGAUCAUUGCUCCUAUCUACGCCAACCUGCCAUCAGAGCUACAGACUAAGAUUUUCGAGCCUACUCCACCCAAGGCGCGGAAGGUGGUGCUUGCCACUAACAUCGCCGAGACCAGUUUGACCAUCGAUGGUAUUGUCUACGUGAUUGACCCUGGCUUCGUGAAGGAGAACGUAUUCAACCCACGCACAGGCAUGGAGAGUUUGGUGGUCACACCCUGUUCGCGGGCCUCGGCCAACCAGCGUGCCGGUCGUGCUGGACGUGUUGGACCCGGCAAAUGCUUCCGUCUCUACACCAAGUGGGCGUACUACAACGAACUGGAGGAGAACACCACCCCAGAGAUCCAACGUACCAAUUUGAACGGAGUGAUUCUCAUGCUCAAGUCACUGGGUAUUGAUCAACUGCUCGAUUUCGACUUCAUGGACCCGCCGCCUGCUGAGACAAUCAUCCGGGCACUGGAAAUGCUGUACGCCCUUGGAGCACUCAACGACCGAGGCGAUCUGACUAAGGUUGGUCGCCAGAUGGCCGAGUUCCCGACGGACCCAAUGCUCGCCAAGGCGAUCCUUGCAUCCGACAAGUACGGGUGCGUGGAAGAGGUACUCUCAAUCAUCUCAAUGCUGGGCGAAUCCAGCGCGCUCUUCUUCCGACCUAAGGAUAAGAAGAUCCACGCCGACAGCGCACGCAACCGCUUUACCAUUAAAGAGGGCGGUGACCACCUUACUCUCCUGAACAUCUGGAACCAGUGGGUGGAUUCAGACUUCAGCUUCAUCUGGGCCAAAGAAAACUUCCUCCAGCAGCGCAGUCUGACACGAGCACGCGACGUGCGCGAUCAGUUGGCGAAACUGUGUGACCGUGUCGAAGUGACCGUCAGCACCUGCGGCUCCAACAACAUCGUGCCCAUUCAGAAGGCCAUCACAGCCGGCUUCUUCCCCAACGCAGCACGGCUCCAGCGCGGCGGUGAUAGUUACCGGACUAUCAAGAAUGGACAGUCGGUGUACUUGCACCCAUCUAGCACACUGAUGGAGGUGAACCCACGCUGGGUGAUUUACUUUGAGCUGGUGCUUACCAGUAAGGAGUAUAUGCGCAGUAAUAUGCCGUUACAAGCAGAGUGGCUGGUUGAGGUUGCGCCGCAUUAUUAUAAGAAGAAGGACUUGGAAAGUUUGGGGCUGGAGAAGAAGACGACCAAGGGACAAGGAGCUGCUGGUGAGAAGAGCCGAGAGUAA